AUGACUGAAGCCAAAAAAUCAAAAUAUCGUUUCCAAAGCGAAAUUCAGCAAAUGAUGUUUGUGUUUGGAGAGGUAGCUGAUCCUCUACAGGAAGCAACACUUCUAGUGGAGGACAUUGUUCGAUCCCAAGUGAUAGAAAUUAUUAUCCAGGCAGCAGCCCAAGCAAGUAGACGAAACUCACGCUACCUCAGUGCUGAAGACUUGAUCUUUCUAAUGCGACAUGACCGUGCCAAGGUGAAUAGAUUGCGGUCCUUUUUGAGUUGGAAAGAUGUACGCAAGAAUGCCAAAGAUGCGUCUGGAGAUCAAGUGGAAGACGUAGUGGAGGAAACCAACACUGGAAAGAUUCAUCGCAGCAUCAUCAAGCUACCUUGGGAGCUGGUCAAUCAAUUUUCAGAUGUCAUUACAAAAUCCAUCAAUGGAGGAGACGAUGAAUCAGAGGACGAAGAUGAGCUGGAAGCUUACAACGAUUCUAUACAGCGACUGAAAGAUGCGGAUGAUAUCACAAGAGCCAUGACACGCGAAGAGUAUGUUCAUUAUUCCGAGUGUAGACAGGCAUCGUUUACCUAUCGCAAAGGAAAGCGAUUUCGAGAGUGGGCCAACAUGAGUUCGUUUGUCGAAGUCAAGCCUAACGACGAUAUUGUGGACAGUUUGGGUUUUUUGACAUAUGAAAUGGUGUCGAAAUUGACAAUGACAGCCAUUAGCAUCAAGCGUGAUUUGAUGGAAGCGGCUGGCAAAAAGGAAGGUGAGCCAGUGUCUCUGGGUAGCUCACAACUGAAACGAAAGCGAGAAGAGGAGGAAACAAACAACGCAAUGGAAGCAUCAUCGACACCAGCAGCAGCGACGGCAGCCAUCAUUGCAACAGCAGCUGACGGUACCGUCUCAACACCUCAACAAGAUGACAGUCAUUCAGAUGAGGAGGACAAGGUUGAAACACCUGGAUCACCAGACUCAUUCUGUAACGGAUUGUUCUCUUUACCAAGCACAGAGCAAACGCCUUUACUAGCAGAACACAUUCACGAAGCAUUUAGAAGACUACAGCAAGUACCUCAACCCAUGAAAAACUUUAGAGGCGGUCUAGUUCGCACGAGAAUAUCUUUGAUCUGA